AUGCACGGCUCUACCACCGAAAGAGAGAAGCACUUCGUCGAUAUCCUCAUCAUCGGCGCGGGCAUCUCUGGCAUCAACGCGGCGUACCGGAUCCAGACCCAGCUGCCCAACCACAACUAUGUCAUCCUCGAAAACCGUGGCGAGAUGGGAGGCACCUGGGACCUGUUCCGCUACCCAGGUAUCCGCUCCGACUCGGACCUAUUCACCUUUGGCUUCGCCUGGCACCCGUGGAACCAGAGCAACCCCAUCGCCGAGGCGUCGGCCAUCAAGGCGUACAUGAACGACUCGGCGCGUCUGUUCGGUAUCGACCGACACAUUCUGUUCCACCACAAGGUCCUGUCGGCUUCGUACUCGUCCUCCGACAAGCUGUGGUCCUUGUCCGUGGAGUACAAGGGCGGCGCCGUCACAACCUUCCAGACCAGGUUUCUGAUCUUCGGCACGGGCUACUACGACUACGAGCAGCCGCUCCAGACGGAGAUCCCGGGCAUCGACCAGUUCCAGGGCCCCGUGGUGCACCCGCAGUUCUGGCCCGAGGACCUCGACUACUCGGACAAGAAGGUGGUCAUCAUCGGGAGCGGCGCGACGGCCAUCACGCUGGUGCCGUCGAUGGCCAAGACCGCGGCCAAAGUCACCAUGCUGCAACGCAGCCCGUCCUACAUCGUCUCCCUGCCCAACCGGUCCAAAUCGAUCUUCGCCUCGAUCCUGCCGGGCCGGAUGGUGUCGCUGCUCACGCGGGCCCAGCUGAUCGUCAAGACGCGCCUGUUCUACUUGUUCUGCCGCAACUUCCCCAACUUCACGAAGCGGAUGCUCUUGCGCGGCGUGACCCGACAGAUCCCCGAGAGCAUGCCCGUUGACCCGCACUUCAUGCCGCGGUACAACCCCUGGGACCAGCGCCUGUGCCUGUGCCCGGACGGGGACUUCUUCGAGAGCCUGCGCAGCGGCAAGGCCGAGGUCAAGACGGACCUGAUCGACACGGUGCAGGCCGACGGCAUCCGGCUGCGGUCGGGCGAGACGCUCCCCGCUGACAUCGUGGUCACCGCCACGGGGCUCAAGCUGCGGCUGGGCGGCGGCAUCCGGGUCGACGUCGACGGCACGCGCUUCGACCUGGCCGGCAAGCUGAUGUGGCACAUGGUGCUGAUGCAGGACCUGCCCAACGCGGCGUUCCUGCUGGGCUACACCAACGCGUCGUGGACGCUGGGCGCCGACGCGUCGUCGCUGUUCCUCACGCGCCUGCUGCGCCUGAUGGACCGCAAGGGCGUGGACGCCGUCAUCCCGCGCAAGGACGACGCCGGCGCCCCCAUCCAGCCCCGCAAGUUCCUAGACCUGAAUUCCACGUACCUCCAGGCCGCGGAGAAGGACCUGCCCAAGACCGGCGACCGGGGUCCGUGGAAGGGCCGCACCUACUACCUCGCCGAUCUCCUGUUCUCGAAGUACGGCCGCAUAGGGGAGUCGUUGGAGAUGAUCCGGGCUAAAUAA